AUGGCGACCAGCUCAGACCGCCGCCCGAUCCGGAGACUGCGCUCCAAAAGCGACACCCCGUAUCUGUCCGGCCGACUGCAGUUCAACCUGCGUGCAGCUAUCGUCCCACGCGUGGUGCUGAGGUGCUUCAAAAGCGCCUGGGACAUCCGCCGUAAAAACACAGUUUGUUUUGAUGAGAGGAUGAGGAGCGUCUCGUCGAUGGCAGCAUCCUCUGUUACCAUGGUGACCUGA